UCUAUUCUCUCUCUCUCUCUCGCUCUCGCUCUCGCUCUCGCUCUUGUUGUCUUUCUCUCUCGUUUGCUCGGUGGUUCGAGGAGUUGCUGGUUUUUGCUUGAUCUAAGCUUGAAAGCUUGUUCCUUCGAUGGAGGGGAUCAUGGGAAGGCUAGUAAGUACGUUUUUUGAUUCGGUGAUUGAUAAAAGGGGGAGCUUUUUCAAGUUUGUAGUGCUGUCAGUUCUGCUGUUACUCCAUGGCAUCACAGUCAAUGGAGGUGAUGAUGGGAAUUGCACAUAUUCCCUCAGUUUUAGCCAAAGACCACAUAGCGUUUCUCUCUUGGAGUUUGGGGCAGUCGGAGAUGGAGUGACCAUGAACACAGUGGCCUUUCAGAAUGCUGUGUUCUACCUGAGAUCAUUUGCAGAUAAGGGUGGCGCACAGUUGUAUAUUCCGAAAGGGAAGUGGCUUACUGGAAGUUUCAAUCUCACAAGCCAUCUAACUCUAUUCCUGGACAGAGGAGCCAUCAUUCUUGGAAGCCAGGACAUAUCUCAAUGGCCUUUGGUUGAUCCUUUGCCAUCUUAUGGUAGAGGAAGAGAACAUCUUGGAGGAAGAUAUCGCAGCUUGAUAAAUGGCAACAACUUGACUGAUGUGGUGAUCACAGGUGAAAAUGGAACUAUAGAUGGUCAGGGCCAUAUUUGGUGGGAGUCAUAUCUCUCCCAUUCCUUGAAUUAUAGUCGCCCUCAUAUCCUGGAGAUCGUGAGCUCGACAGAUAUAUUAAUUUCCAAUUUGACUUUACUGAACCCCCCGGCCUUUAGCAUCCAUCCAGUAUACAGCAGCAAUGUUCAAAUUCAGAACAUAGUAAUUCAUUCUUCUCCUGAUUCUCCAUUUACAAGUGGUAUAGUUCCAGAUUCAUGCUGGGACACAUGCAUUGAGGGUGGUAGCAUCAGUGUGGGACAUGAUGGCAUUGCUCUUAAAAGUGGUUGGGAUCAAUAUGGCAUCUCAUUUGGGAAGCCAUCAUCUGCUAUCCACAUCACUCAGGUUUCUAUCCAAGCUUCAGAUGGCUCAGCUCUAGCAUUUGGGAGUGAAAUGUCCGGUGGUAUCUCUGACAUUCAUGUCGACAAUCUCCAUAUCCACAAUUCCUUGACGGCUAUAAAAUUCAAGACUACAGAAGGCCGAGGUGGAUUCAUGGAGAACAUAGUCAUAUCAGAUACUGUCAUGGAAAAUGUGAAUACAGCGAUACAUUUCACUGGACACUGUGGCGAUCAUCCUGAUGACAAAUAUGAUCCUACUGCACUUCCAAAAAUCAGCCGCAUCACUCUGAAAAACAUUGUUGGUCAUAAUGUGUCUGUGGCUGGAGUUCUCACUGGGAUCAGCGGUGACCCCUUCACGGACAUAUGCCUGUCCAACAUCGCGUUAGCCAUCACUGCAGAUCCUUCUCGUUCAUGGACUUGCUCAAAUGUGUCUGGUUUUUCUGAGUCUGUGGUUCCGCAGCCUUGCCCAGACCUCAUACAGAUAACAUAUGCCAAUAUUUCAUACCAGUGUUUUUCUCUUGUAGUUGGCCAUCAGUUUGGUGGCAGUGCAUUACCGGAGUGACAUCAUUCAAUUAUUAAUCAUAAAUCAUAAAUCAUUAGUUUAUUCAGUUCAA